AUGUGGGUCGUUGGUAUAAUUGUUUUAGCAGUGUGUCUUUUGAAGGAGACAUUGGCUGAUUUCCAACCUCGGAAUCCUAUAUUUUUUGACGAAGAGCAGUUGUCGCAUCAACGAAGAGCGCAAGGAUCUUCGCCUCCGCUGACGCCUAUGUUGGCAUCGUUGUCGAAGGAAGUACAAAGCGCCUUUAAAUUGACCCUGCCAUCAUUGUUCACGUUUGGAGACGAUCUGGUUAGUAGUACUGGGGUCACGAUAGACUGUGACUUUUGCCAGUCGGCUUUGGGAAUUGUAAGAGGAGCUACUGACUAUGGACUGACUGGAUUUGAAAACAUAGUUACUGAAAUUUGUACAAUGGCCGGGGUUCCUCGCCCUGAGUGCCAAGGUGUAGUCAGUCAACAGGCUCCUUAUGUGUUAGAGGCACUGAGAUCCAGCAAUCAGCUCAAUGGAUAUACAGGGCAAUUGUUCUGUAACUCAGUGUUAAACUCAUGUCCAGGGUUUGUUCCGAAAAAUGUGUCUUUGUCAUUUUCCUCUACACAACACACUAGGAAUAACAACCAUGGAUCAAAACCCCAUUCUCCAAAGAUACAUCAACCCAAAUCUAGCGAACCAUUGACAUUACUGCACAUCUCGGAUAUCCACUACGAUCCCACUUACCAACAGGGUUCUGAAGCUAACUGUAGUUAUGCCCUGUGUUGUGAAGAUCGUACCAAUCCAGAUGGUAACAAGAGGAACCAUCCAGCAUCGACCUGGGGUGAAUUUAAUUGCGACACACCUCAUACCCUACUGGAGAGCUUUCUGACAACUUUUCAAUCAGUCACUGGUGUUACUCCUGACCUUUCAAUCUUCACAGGAGACAUCGCUCCUCACAACGUAUGGUAUGACAACCAGACUACUGUUUUAGACUCCUAUAGAAUCUUCGAGUAUUUAAAGUUACUUCCCAACAAUCUGUACUCUACAGUCGGCAAUCAUGACACGUCUCCAUUAAACCUGUUUCAACCAUUAGGAUUGUUGAAGACAGGGCAGAAACCUCUUAAUAAUUGGGUGUUUAACAAUUUGUCUGAUAUUUGGUCAUACUGGCUAGCACCUAAUGCUGCGUCAAUGUUGGAGACCGUCCAAGGAGUGUACUCGACAAGACCCUUAAUAGGCCUAAAGAUAAUAAAUAUGAAUACCAACGAUUGCUAUGCGUUAAACACCUUUCUGUACUAUAACGAUGCGUCACAAAUAGAUCCCAAUGGUCAGUUGCAAUGGAUAGCUAACGAGCUCGCAGAUAGUGAAGCCAACGGCGAGGCAGUUUGGCUCAUGGGCCACCUCCCACCAGGAUGUUCAGAUUGCAUUGUUCCCUGGUCAAAUGCAUUCCAGCAAAUCGUAGAGAGAUACUCUAAGACAAUAAGAGCGCAAUUUUAUGGACAUACUCAUUAUGAUGAGUUUGCUGUUCAGUACAAUCAUGACAAGACAGAACCGAUUAGUUUCCAGCUGCUUGCUCCGUCGCUCACACCCUAUUCAAAUCUCAACGCAGGAUAUCGUAUCUACAAGAUUGACACCUCCAGCUUUGAAAUCCUUGACUCGCUAACCUAUUUUGCGAAUAUAUCAGAUUCUGGCAAAUGGGUCGUUCCCAAGUGGCAGUACGAAUACUCUGCGCGAGAUUAUUACCCCGAAUGGCCCACCAAUAGCCCUUUAAACGCUACAUUUUGGCACACACUCGUAAAUUUCUUUGAAAAAGAUGACAAAGCAUUUCAAAAGUAUUACACUCGUAGAAGUAAGAGCUCAACAGCUGAUGUUGUGUGCAAAAGUGGGCAAUGUAAGACUAAAAUUAUUAAGAACCUGAGAGCAGGAAAUUCCAAAGACAAGUACUACCCACCAGUACUAAAAGGCCCAUCUCUGGCAUUCAUUAACGAGGAGCUGGCCAAGAUAGCUCAGCCAUCAAUCCAGAAUAAACGCCAUUGCGGCCAUUAA